GUGGCUGGUGCCCGUUUGUUUGCAGGUGCAUCUUUGGCUUUGUAGGUGCAAGCGUCUUUGUGCAGCGGACAAAUGGGGAGAGGAGAAGGAGGUGGGCACUUGGGCGACGUAAGAUCCACAUCAGCUCAACUCCACUCGCAUCCCAGCCGGCACUUCCUCACUUUCUCAAGUGUCUCUCACCCACGCCGCUCUACGCCCGCCUUUCCCUCUCCCCAACCCUCCCCCCACCAGCUCCAAUAAAGCAUACACCGGGAAUUGGCUUCCUCCUAGGUGGGGUGCUGGUUUGGUUAGGGCUUUUUGUAGUGUUAUUAUUGUUGCUGGUUGUUUCUCCUCCUUCUCCCUUCCUUGCUGCCCGCCGCUUUGCAAAGGGCUGGAUGAUUACACCGGGCAGGUUGGCUCCAUGAUGUUAGGUACGGUGAAAAUGGAAGGGCACGAAACUAGCGACUGGAACAGCUACUACGCGGAAUCUCAGGAGGCCUACUCCUCAGUGCCCGUCAGCAACAUGAAUUCAGGCCUAGGCUCCAUGAACACCAUGAAUACCUACAUGACUAUGAACGCUAUGACCACCAGCGGCAACAUGACAUCAGCUUCUUUCAACAUGUCUUAUGCCAACCCAGGCCUAGGGGCCGGACUAAGCCCGGGCGCCGUGGCUGGAAUGCCGGGGAGUUCAGCCAGUGCCAUGAACAGCAUGACUGCUGCAGGGGUGACCGCCAUGGGAGCAGCCCUGAGUCCUGGGGGCAUGAAUGCCAUGGGAGCUCAACAGGCUGCCUCCGUGAAUGGAUUGGCUCCCUACACUGGGUCUAUGAACCCCUGCAUGAGCCCUAUGGCGUAUGCCCCUUCCAACCUAAGCCGCAGCAGAGGGGACGCCAAAACCUUCAAGCGGAGCUACCCGCAUGCCAAGCCCCCCUACUCCUAUAUUUCCCUCAUCACCAUGGCCAUACAACAAGCUCCCAGCAAGAUGCUAACCCUGAGUGAAAUCUACCAGUGGAUUAUGGAUUUAUUUCCCUACUACAGGCAGAAUCAACAGCGCUGGCAGAAUUCCAUUCGCCAUUCGCUCUCGUUCAAUGACUGCUUUGUCAAGGUGGCUCGCUCCCCCGACAAGCCUGGCAAGGGCUCUUAUUGGACCCUGCACCCGGACUCUGGCAACAUGUUCGAAAACGGCUGCUACCUGCGCCGUCAGAAGCGCUUCAAGUGCGAGAAGCAAGCUGGCGCGGGAGGCGGUGGCGGCGGCGGGGGUGGAGGUGUAGGCGUAGGCAAAGGAGGUCCAGAAAGCAGAAAGGAGCCCCCGGGAGGCUCCAGCGCGAGCUCCAACUCCCCGUUACAUCGCGGGGUGCACGGGAAAUCCUCCCAGCUGGAGGGCGCCCAGGCGUCUGGUCCUGCGGCCAGCCCCCAGCCUCUGGACCACAAUGGGGCAGGGGCGACAGGGGGCGCCCAGGAGCUAAAGACUGCGGCCUCUUCUUCGGCCCCGCCAAUCUCCUCUGGGCCAGUGGCGCUAGCCUCGGUGCCCCCCUCCCACCCAGCACAUGUCUUGACACCCCACGAGUCCCAGUUGCACCUGAAAGGGGACCCCCACUACUCCUUCAACCAUCCCUUCUCCAUCAACAACCUUAUGUCCUCCUCCGAGCAGCAGCACAAGUUGGACUUCAAGGCCUAUGAGCAGGCUCUACAGUACUCACCCUAUGGAGCAGGGCUGCCAGGGAGCCUGCCUCUGAGCAGUGCCUCCAUGGCCGGGAGGAGCACAAUUGAGCCUUCAGCUCUGGAGCCUUCUUACUAUCAAGGUGUGUAUUCCAGACCGGUCCUAAAUACUUCUUAGCUCCUGCGACUGGUGCUUUUUCUAGGAUGGCCAUUCUGGGAACAGGAGAAAUAAAAAAAAAAAACAAACGAUUCAUGAAACCCCAAUAAACUUUUUAUUUCACGUUUUUGCACAAUCUUUUCCCCUUCCAGUGCAAAGGACUGUUACUUUAUUAUUGUAUUCAAAACGAGUUGUAUAUGUUAUUAUAAAGCAAUCCAAGUAACUAAACACAAACUAAAAUCCUUCCUGCAAAGUUUAGUGAUCCACAAUUGUAUAUAAAAAGAUAUUUCCGCUUGUUCUUCCUUCCCUCCCUCUAGUCCUCUCUCUUUCCCUGUGUAUUUAAAAAAAAAAGAAAGAGGUGGUCAAACUUGUAAAAAUAUCUGUGUGGUUUUUCUUUUCACCCUCUUUGCUGUCCAACUUCCCAAAGUUUACAGGUAUGUGGCAAUGCUCUUAAUGUUAAGAACCCAGAUAAAUAAACAAGUAGAUUUGGGGGCUCUUUAAAAAUUAUUGAAGGAUAGCACUGUUCUUAAUGUAGCAAAACACAAACAGAAUCCAAGAAUCAGAGUUACUUUUUUAAAAAGAUCAUCUUUCUGAUCCAUUCAGAUAGCUGUUGACUUAAAAAGAUAUAUGUAUUAUGUAUAAUUUCUCAAUACAUAUGUACACAUACAUGUAUAUCCUCUCUGCUUACCUAUGUAUAUGUGGUCCUACAUAUACCUAGGUAAUAUACAUAUUACGUCUUCAAAAGCUGCCUGGCCAAAUGAUGUUACAAGGACCAUUGCUCAUUUGGUACUCCAAUCCCUUUCCUUCUCACCACCAUACAGACCUGAGAAAAAUUGCUAAAAAAAAAAAAAGCCCACAUGUAGCUCUCUACUCUUUGAUUUGCAGACUAUCAAUGACUCAAUGAGCAUCAGCUAUGUGUUGGCACAGUGGGAAUACAAAGACAAAAAUAAAAGAGAUGUGGUCAUUUUACUCUGGAGUCACUUAACAUAUAAAAAAUAAACCUGUGUAUUAUGUCAUUAUAGAAAUGUUAUUUUUUCAGAAAAAAAGGGUUAUUACAACAUUAGGAGAGAGACAAGUUAUAGGGUACCUCAUUUUGAAAUCCGGUCCAAGAUCCCCAAAUUAUUUUUUAUUGUGCCACUUAUUGCCAUUGUUCACUUGUUUCAUCCAGUGUUAAUGCACCUUCCACAGUUUGAUGUGGUGUUAGCAUAGCCAGAUGGAUUUUUAUUAUUAUUCCUGUUUGCUUUCUCAGUGUUCUUAAUUUAUUGCAUGGUUUGUAUUUCUUUCUUUUACAGAUGAUAUUGCUUUAAAUGAUGGUUAAAAUGACAAAUUAAAAGGUUAAUUUUUAUAAAUGUGAUUGUAAUGGGAAAUAUUUUCAUUUAAUUAGCAAAGAAAAUAAUUGAGAUUUAAAGCUGUGGAGUAUGUUUUUGAUCACUUGCAGUUAAGGACUUUAAAUAAAGCAAAUGUUAACAAAUAA